CUGUAUCUACAGCAGCAGGCACGGGGAGGAGAGGACCGAGUCGUCGUCUUCUUUAAAAGGCCCUCUGAAAAAUCUCCUCGUUUUCCUCCCAACGCAUUCCCAUUCCAUCCCAGGAAAAGAUUGUCGCAGGAUGCAAUACGCCUCUCCAUUUGAGGUCGAGUUUUUGAUCGUUUUGGGCUCGAUUCUCAGCAAAGUUCAGUUUUUAGCUCAACUUAAGGUCAAGCUGGUGGGGAUUGGAGCAUUCGGGGCUGCGUUUUUGCUCUCUCUGAGGAAAAAAAAAAAAACGCGAGCUUCUUGAUCGAAUCGGCGGUGCUUUGGGUCCAAUUUGAGAAUCAUUCAUCUCACUACACACGAGAGCUUCUUGCCUUGUUCAGUUGAGCACGCCUGCAUAGAAGGCCAAUCGGUGGUUCCUUGGCUCCAAUAGUCCAAUUCUUCGGUUCUUAUCUUCAAGGGCGGUGCGAAUCUGAGGUUCUUCUCGAAUCGGUUCUUAUGUUUCGAACGGAUUGGGAUUAGUACCGUCCCGGCGGUGAGCUAUUCUUUGAAUCUCCUUAAAACCUCGAUCUUUGCCUCAGAAGAACCGACCCUAUUGCCUGAAGAGCGCGGCCUUAACGUCCCCAAUUCAAUCCACUUACAAGGCGGCAAUUGGGUCGUAGAUGGGGGCGGGGUCGAGCACCUUGGGCGCGGACGGGGAGUGCGGGGAGACGUCCCUCGGCGACAUGCCGGAGAGCUGCGUGGCGGCGGUCCUGCUCUACCUCGACCCGCCGGAGAUCUGCCAAGUUGCCCGCCUAAACCGCGCCUUCCGCGACGCCGCCUCCGCGGACUGCGUUUGGGCAGGCAAGCUCCCCGCCAACUACCGCUACCUCGCGGCCCUCGCCGCGGCCGCCGAUGACGAGUGCCAUGGCGAUGGAGAUGCCAAUGACAAGCGCUUCUUCCUUUCGGCGACCAAGAAGGAGAUUUACGCGCGGUUGUGCCGACCCACCUUCUUUGAUUCAGGCAAAAAGGAAUUCUGGAUUCAGAAGAAUAAGGGAGGUCUUUGCAUGUGUAUAUCAUCAAAGGUGAUGACGAUCACAGGUAUAGAUGAUCGGAGGUACUGGAGCCACCUUCCCACUGAGAAAUCAAGAUUCCAUACGGUUGCCUAUCUUCAGCAAAUUUGGUGGCUUGAGGUGGAUGGGGAGCUUGAGUUCUGCUUCCCUGCUGGCUCCUAUAGUGUUUAUUUCCAUCUUCACAUGGGCCGACCCUAUAGGCGCAUGGGUCGUCGGCUUUGUGCAACCGAGCACGUGCACGGGUGGGAUGUCACACCCACACGUUUCCAGCUCUUAACCUCUGAUGAGCAGCAAGCAACAUCAGAAUAUUACCUACAUGAACAAGGAGGCUGGAAGCUUUACUAUGUUGGUGAUUUUGACAUAUCAAACUCCGAUGAGCUGGUCAAACUUAAGUUCUCAAUGAUGCAGAUCGAUUGCACCCACACAAAAGGUGGCUUGUGCGUUGAUUCAGUUUUUAUAUAUCCUGAAGGGUACAAGCCUGAGAAGGCAAACAUAGUCCGCAACUCCGCAUGUAAUUCUGCAGACUCGGUCGUAUAUCUCCAGCAAGCUGAAAGAGGAGGCAGUUCAAAUUGGAAUGGCUAGCCUUUUUUCUGGCCAUUCUUACCUGAAAGCCCAUUGUAUGUUCUUUUUUUCCUUUCAUCCUGAGAGUUUUGCAUGAAUCUAAGGUUUUUCCUGUAUUCUUUGUAGUGUUAGUUAAACAGGUAGAGAAUAGGGGAGUUUUAGAGAGUUUUAGAAACAGGUGAAGUGAGACUUGAGUGCCCAGUAGAAGUUUAAAAGAGGCGGCUGAUGCCAUCUGCAUCUGUAAUUUUCGUUGGUACAAUCUACAAUGAUGUUUUGGUCU